AUGCGUAAAACGUUCGCUCAAAGUUUCCUCGUCCUCGCUCUCGCUUUGCGUUUUUGUGUCGCGCACGACGAAGAGCUGGACGUGUCCAACGAGAUUUCCGAAAACACGCGGAACGUAGUCUUUGGCAUCAAGUGCGGAUGUUGCAAAGCGGUGACCGCGGAAAUUGGCGCUCAGUUUAAGGAGAUUUUACUCGAAACGACACAAAAGACGAGAGGAGGGGAAGAAGAAGAAGAAGAAUCGAAGAUGGUUUUCAGAUCGAAAUACGUCGGACAGUUCAACGAGAAGUUACAAAUUGCGUUGGAUCGAAUGUGUCGACCACCGCCGACGGCGACGAGUUCGAAGAGGGCGAUUGAGAAAUCCGCGUCCGCGGCGAAACGGUGGCGAUAUUCUCAAUCCGGAGCGAAGGCGAUUCAGAACUCGAUGUUACACAUAAACACGUUAGGACAGAACGCGACCGACGAUGAUUUGAAAGAAAUCGAAAGAGUCAUGUUAGGCAUUCAACUUUUCACGAACGAUGUGAAUAAGCAAUACGUGAACCCAGAUCCGAAAGUCGCGGAGAACAGCGGAGGGACGAAUUUAAUGGCGGAUUCCUACGUCACCGGAGAGCUCUUGGACGCGUGCAAUCGAAUCGCGGAGAGUUUAGAACUCGAAGACCAACUCGACGAGGCGAAAAAGAACGGCGAGUUUGGAAUCAACGAACAGCACAAAACGUGUUUAGAUUUGGAUUAUUGCAAAGUUCGCCAAGGCGGCGCUAAGAAGAAAGACACGCGAACGCGAUCGCAAAAAGACAAAGACGAAGCGUACGAGAGAAUGAAAAAGCUCUUCGUGUCGAAAGAAGACAUGGAGGAGUUCGAGAAAAACAACCCGCAAAUGAAGGACGAAGACUCCGUGGAUCCGUUGGAGGAGACGUUAGACUCGCCGUCGCCGAAGAAGAGGAAAGAAAAGAACGACGAUGAAACGAAGGCGGCAACGAAAAGCGACUUCACCGCCGAAAGCGCGGACGAAAGCCUCUUCGCCUCGGUCAAGAGAAAGUUCGACGAAUAUCUCCGCCGAUAUUAUAAAGUCGGUCGAAAUCGUUUAUCGCAAAAAUUACGAAGACACAGCGACGCGGCGACGACGACGUCCAGCGAGAACGUCGAAAAAGGAGAGUUGUGA